CGCUGUCUGUGCAACCUCACCUUCUCCAUGCCGCCAAUACCCUCGCACUGCCCGCCGUCGUCAUCACCCUUCAUACCGCAAUACUGCGUGCUGUACGCCUGAAGAGAGUGCUCCGGCACUGCUGUUGCGGCCGGAAUGAUUGAUCACGUCCUGGGGCGGCCCUCGGUGCAGUUCCGCAAGAUCCAGGUGUUGGCCGUCGUGUCGUUUUGGUCUGUCUACUUGUACAAAGGCGACCGCAAUGGCCCCCCCUUCCUCCGCCGCCUCUCCUCCCUCCUCUCCGCCCGCCUUACUACCUGGCAGACCCUGGUCAUAACCCUCCUCUGGCUGUACAUCUCGCGCAACUUCGGCAAACUCGUGGGACUGGAAUGCCCCGAACCGCUUGCGAACCUCUACUCCCGCUCCUACUUCCGUGCAACAUGGGUUACCACGGCCCUGGACGCCGGCUUUUGGACCGCGAUGCGUAUCCGCCGUAAAUGGACCCGCGAUCUGCUGAGUGUCGUCUUCAGCAUAUACUACAUGAUCUGCGCCGAGCAGGCCGACGAGAAGGUGCGCAAGAUCAGGGCCACGCUCACGGUCGAACAUCUGCGCGUUAGCUGGAACAAAGGCACCACACCGUAUCUAAACUUCUUCACGUCUUUACUGCGGCCGCGGCUGAUGCGCUACCCGCCGCGUGAGAUUCGAAUUCCUCGCCCUUCGCAGUCGGCGUAUAAGGAACCCGUGCAUGGGUGGUUGUACUACGAUGGGCCACUGAGCAAGCUCAAGGAGCAAACAAGAGUCGUGCUGGAUGUACCCGGCGGUGGUUUUGUGGCUAUGAACCCCCGGAACCACGACGACAAGCUCAUGGGCUGGGCUGGGCGGACUGGACUACCUGUUCUGAGUUUGGACUACAGAAAGGCACCUGAGCACCCAUACCCCUAUGCGCUGAAUGAGUGCUACGAUGUCUACCACUCCAUCGUGGCAUCGCGCGGACGAUGCGUGGGGCUUUCGGGUGAAACUGUUCCCAGGAUCGUUGUCUCGGGCGACUCAGCUGGCGGGAACCUCGCAGUUGGCAUGGUGCUCAUGGUGCUUCAAUCUGGAUCCACAGAUACGCGAAGGUGGCAGGGCGAACUGGAGUUGCCGCCUCCAGUAGGCGUCGUGCUCAACUACCCAGCACUAGACAUGAACAUCGGCAACUGGAUGACGGAUGAGCAGAUGGCAUUGAUCCGCGACCGACGCUCGCGAAAGACAAACCAAGGCAUCCUCCGCCGCAAGAGCGAAGACUACCGCCACCUCGCCCCCAACACUCCCCUCGUCUCCGACGACGAGGACGAAGAAGAAGAUGACGACGCCCCCAACGGCAGCUCCUCCCCGCUCACCUCACCACCCACCGCCAUCCACCUCUCCGCCGCGCACACAGGCAUCGACACCGCCCUCAACAACAUCAACAGCAGCAGCCUCACCUCCCCGCCCCUAACCCCCUUCACCGCGACCCGCUCCGCCCUGCCCCCGGACCCGCUCCCCCUCACCACCACCCAGCCCCACCUGCUCAAAACCCGCCUGGCCAUGUCCUCGAUGAUCUCCUACUUCUCCGACCGCAUCCUGACGCCCGAGAUGAUGCGCGCCAUGAUCAUCCUCUACAUCGGCCCGCACCACCGGCCCGACUUCAGCACCGACUACCUUCUCUCACCGCUGCUCGCGCCUGAGCACCUCCUCGCCCGCUUCCCCCGCGUCUGGUUCCUCACCGGCGAGCGCGACCCGCUCGUCGACGACACCGUCAUCUUCGCGGGCCGCGUGCGCCAGGCCAAGCGUGCGGCGUGGGUCGAGGCACGCGAGUUGGGUCUGCCGUUUGGCCUGUCCCGAUCCCGCGAAAAUGGGAAUGGUAAGGGGGGCGGGAAAUACGAUACGGGGUUCCGCGAAGAGGACUUUGUGAAUGUGGAACUGGUCCCCGGUGUCAGUCAUGGGUUUCUGCAGUUUGUGGGCGUGUUCCCAGAGGGAUGGGGGUAUAUUCGACGCUGUGGGAGGUGGAUGGUCGAGGCGUUUGAGAGCGCGGAGGCGGAAGAGGAGAUUCGCCGGACGGAAGCGCAGCAGGGCGGGAUGGGGGCAGGGAAGAGGAGCAGGAGGGAGGGGAGUGGGUAUUUCGGCACCGCAGGUUUAGAGGCCGCUGUCAAUGGGCUGUCGAGCUCGAAGCGGGAUAGGGUCGAGCGGCAUCAUUUUAGAUCUGGGACGCAGAGCUCAGCGGAUGAGGAUAGGCCGCUGGAGAUGACGAUUAGCAAGCCCAAGGUGUCGCCGCCGGCUGGUAAGCCGGUGAACGGCGAUGCGAAUGGUACGGCGAGCGGGAAGACUGGAAGAGAUAGGAAGGCUUCCCGCGCUGGCAACGAGAGGGGCAGAGGUAAAGGCAGGCGAAAGAGUCUAGUUAGCCUGGCGUCUGAAGACGAUUUGCUGGGCAGGCGGAUGAAGGGGCUCACAGGUGGGCUCUUGGGGAAUGGAGAGGGUGGGGGCGUGUAGAUAGCACGGGUGUGUGUUCAUAUAGAAUGGCAUCG